UCCAGCAGAGGUUAGUGAUCUCCCAGAGAGGAGGAAAAAAAACAUCUAGUGGGGGCGGGGAAGGAAGUGCACCAUGGACCCGCUCUCGAAUCGCAAUCGAAAGAACAUACUGUCGCUGAACCACGGCGCUUGGGCCGUCCCUCCGGUAGUAACCGGUAUGGCGACUGCCCAGGUGCAUCGUCACCUGCCACGCGACGCAGCCGCCGGUGGACAGCAGCUGCAAAUGUUGCCGAACCAUCAGCAACCCCAGCAGCAGCAACAGCAGCAGCAAUUGGCACAACCACAACAUCCUGCGAUGGCCGUGUUCGGGCAGCCGCAGGACAGCCGCCUGCCGAAAGCGUUCGUGGCCGCCAUGCGCACACUGUUCGACAUUAUGGACGACCGGAAAACUGGUUUCGUGCGGCUGGCCGACAUCGAGGACCGCUGGCUGGACGACGGCUCGAAGGGGAUGCCGAGCGGCGUAAUUGAUAGUCUGCGCAAGGUGACGCCCCCGAACGGGUUGCUGUCGUUCGAGCGCUUCUGCGGCGGCCUCAAGAUGUGCCUGGUCCGCAAUCAGCCCCUGCCCGGUGCCGGCGGCCCCGUUCCUCCCGCCGUACCCUCACCGUCGCUUUCGCCACCACACUCGGCCGACGGGAAACCAUCAAUGGCCGCCACGCUGGGCAAACUGUCGCUUUCGACGCGACCCCCCUCGGCACCGCUACUCGAUCUGGACGGUGGCAGUGCGGGCGGGACGGGCCACGGGCACGGCCUGGGACUGCCGAAGGUUUCGCUCGGACCACCGUGGAGUUCCUCGGGGGUGGCCCCGGGGAUCAAUACGGCGACGGUGCGGCCCAAUAAUGCGAUGCCGGCCCAGAAGACGCUCAGUAUGCCGCAGCUUCUCAGUCCGGACGAUGAUCUCGAGCCUCCGCCGAUCAUACUGCCCGGAGCGUACGGUCCACCGAAGCCACCGCGCGUUUCACUGAACCUCGAGCGUGCCCAGCAGAAGCAACAGCAACAGCAGCAGCAGCUGCAGCCACACCACCACCAUCAUCCCGGGUCGGGCAUCGAUAAGGCGGAAAUCCGGAACGCACUGCAGAACUGGCAAAUGUCGCUGCUGAUGGGGGAAGCGAACGAGAAGCAGGGAGGCGGCUCGGCGGAGAAAGGUCACGGGCUGCGCUCGCUAACUGCGACCGGGCGCGGGUCUGCCGAUGGCCAAACGGAUCUGUCGACCUCAUCCCCGUCGUUGCAGUCGAUCAAUCAGCUCGACGGAUCUCUGGCACGAUCGGGCGUUCUGCCCGGUGCGCUCUAUCCGAAGAAGACGGCCGCCGGUGGGUCGACAGGCGGUGGUGGCCGGCGCCGGGAGCCGAGACGUCACACACUGCAGAACGGCGUGGACUACAACAUGCUCAAGCGCCUGAAGCAGAUCGAACAGGAGAAGGAUAUUCUGGUGCAGGGCCUGACGGCGAUCGAGCAGACGCGCGACUGGUACCUGAAGCAGCUGGCCACGGUACAGGAGAAGAUCCGCUACCUCGGUCGUCCCGGUUCGCACAUGGAAACAUGGACCGAAACACAGCAGGAACGGCUGGACCUGCAGCGAGCCCGCGUGCUGGAGGUGAACCGGCACCUAAUGAUGCUGGCCGAAAGCUGGGAGCGUGGUGGGUUUCCGAUGCACAUGAACCUGGCCCUGCGACCCUUGCCCGGGGCCCACGGGUCACCGUACCAGCCCCACCACCACCAUCCGUCGCACCAGCGUCGUACCCAAGCGCAACCGUCGCCGGCGGCAGUACCACCAGCGGUUCCUCCGCCACCAUCGGCGGCCAGUUACCAACCGUCACCGGCGGCCACGCAGCACCAUCACCACCACGGUCACCAGCCCGGACCGGAAGUGGUGAACCACCUCAAGCAGCAAAACCACCAACUGGUCGAGGAGGUUAACCAGAAGAACGAAAAACUGUCCCUGCUGGAGCGGGAAAAGGCGGCCCUCAUACGGGAGCUGCUACAGCUGCAGCGCGCCAACCGGGCGGCCAGUAUGAUAUCGAACACGGAAGAGAUGGUGUUCUAGCCAUGUUCGGCCACACCACGGCUGGUGGGCACUUUGAAUCGGAAUCGGGUGCCAUUGAGUUGAGUGGCCUCGGGAGGGCACAUUUCGGAACAGCAUUACAG